UGGGAGGCUGGGCUGCUGCCUCCUUAAAGCCGGGCGCCCGCGACGGUGAGCAACCGGCGCUUUGGCAGCUCCUGGGGCCGUGGCCCACCGGCAGGGGCUGUGGUCACUCGGAGGGCCUGCCUACAGCUGCCGAGGACAUGAGGGUCCAAACUCGGUGGUCACGUUGGAAAUAAAGUCUCAGGGACCGUUGGUUUGACCCAGGAGCUCACCUGCUUCCCUGAGCCUCUGGCUGACCGGCUUGUGCUUCCCCCAGGAUGGACGUGUGGAUCGUGCUGCUCAUCCUGCAAAUCUCGCUGGUGCUUCCCUUGGCUGAUGGCAGCGCAACCCCCGUUCUGCGCUUUGUGGCUGUGGGGGACUGGGGAGGAGUCCCCAAUGCCCCAUUCUACACAGCCCGGGAAAUGGCCAAUGCCAAGGAGAUUGCCAGGACCGUGCAGAUCCUAGGCACAGACUUCAUUUUGUCUCUGGGGGACAACUUCUACUUCACUGGUGUGCAGGAUGCUAAUGACAAGAGGUUCCAGGAGACCUUUGAGAAUGUAUUCUCUGCCCCGUCCCUCCGCAAUGUGCCCUGGUACGUGCUGGCUGGCAACCAUGACCAUCUGGGGAACGUCUCAGCACAGAUCGCCUACUCCAGCAUCUCCAAGCGAUGGAACUUCCCUAGACCUUUCUACCACCUGCGCUUCCAGAUCCCUCAGUCCAACGUGUCCGUGGCCAUCUUCAUGCUGGACACAGUGACACUGUGUGGCAACUCGGAUGACUUCCUCAGCCAGCAGCCCGAGAAGCCACAAGACCUGGAGCUGGCCCGCAUGCAGCUGUCCUGGCUCAAGAAGCAGCUGGCGGCAGCCAAGGAGGACUAUGUGCUGGUGGCUGGGCACUACCCAGUGUGGUCCAUUGCUGAGCACGGGCCCACCCGCUGUCUGGUCAAGCAACUGGUGCCGCUGCUGUCCAAGUAUGGGGUCACCGCCUACCUGUGCGGCCAUGACCACAACCUGCAGUACCUGCAGGACAAGAACGGUGUGGGCUAUGUGCUGAGCGGGGCUGGGAACUUCAUGGACCCCUCGAGGAAGCACUUACGCAAGGUCCCCAAUGGCUACCUGCGCUUCCACUACGGGGCCGAGGACUCGCUGGGUGGCUUUGCUUAUGUGGAGAUCAGCCCCAAAGAGAUGAGUGUCACUUACAUCGAGGCCUCCGGCAAGUCCCUCUUCAAGACCAGGCUGCCAAGGCGAGCCAGGCCUAAGCACACAAAAGGACUCCAGUCUGAGGCCUGAGGUAGAGCGGCCUCCCUGCCAGUGGGCGGGAGGGGCCCUGCUGGGACCCCCACCCUCGGGCAGGUGUUCUCACCCACAGCAGAGCAGGAAGGAGAACCGCAGAUGAGGAAAUGUGCCAUGUGGCCCUAGUGACAGGGAUGCCCAUGCGUGUAAAAGCAGCGUGCACAUGGGCACCGGCCGCAGUACCACGCCCCACGGCCAGGCUCCCCAGCCUGAGUGGGGCAGUGCGGCGGUAGGGAGGGAAAGCUUUCUCCUGAAUCAACCAUUCAUCUGUCACUUACAAAUAUUCAAUAAAAUAAUAGUUGCAAAAAUUGAA